AUGCAGCUUUUGACUAUCAUCACCAUCAGCCUCGGCGCCUUGGCUUCCGCAGCCCCACAAUUCGGCUUCGGACGUCCAUUCCCAGUCCCAGUCCGUGGUGGCGAUAACAUCGCCAACUUCCCCGGUGGCAGAAUCGGUGGUACUGGUUCCGCUGGGUCUAACGCCGGUUCAUCCCUCAAUAACAACGGCAACAACAACGGCGGCAACUCCGCCGGCCCCAUCAUCGACAGUCCCAACAGUUCAGUAGCCCAAUCCUCCACCUCCUGCGCCAACGGUCAAAUCGUCUGCUGCAACGGUCCAACCACCAACACCGCAUCUUCAAACAGUGGCCGUCAAUCAACUCGUACUCUUUACCCACAAUACCAGUAUCUCCUCUCAGACCUCUUCCGUAGCCGUGUUAACAUCCCAACUGUUAAUAAUCAGAGAGAGUCAAACGAGAGUAAUCAAUGUAACUCGGUUACCAACUGGGAAUCCGGAAGCGCCAGCCCCAUCUGUCAGCAGACCGUCGCCUGCUGCUCUGGAAACCAGGGACCCGCCGUCGCCAACGUCGGCUGCACCGCAAUGAACAUCGUUGUGAACACCGGAAACUCGCCAGUUAAGAACAACGGGAACGGGAACGGGUUCUUCCCAUUCACUAACUAA